ACCAAACGCAUUCAAUUUGACCACUCUGCUGAUUUUUAUUGUUUCUCCCAUUCUUUUCUUCAAGUCAGGGCAAAUUAAUUUUUGGAUCGGUUGACUCUUCUUCAACUCCACUAUUCUUGGGGGGGUGAAUCAGAUCUUCCACAAUUAACCGAAGCAUUUCAGCUGAAGAUUCGUUGGGCAAGUUCAUUUUCUUGCUGGGAUGGGUGAUGGGGCUGCGCCUUCUCGGUAUGUGAAAUUGAAGAAAGAUCAAGCGCCUUUGGAAGAAAUCAAGCCAGGAGAGCUUAACCAGCCCAUUGAUGUUCCUCAGUUAAAUGUAAGAAAGUGUAACGAGUGUGGACAGCCACUACCUGAAAGCUUUGAGCCUCCAGCGGAUGAACCUUGGACAACUGGGAUUUUUGGCUGUGCUGAAGAUCCACAAAGUUGCUGGACUGGGCUGUUUUGUCCAUGUGUUUUGUUUGGGCGCAAUGUCGAAAGCUUGAGAGACGAUGAUAUGGAAUGGACCAGGCCAUGUGUUUGUCAUGCUAUAUUUGUUGAAGGUGGCAUUGCCUUGGCGACAGCAACUGCAGCGUUCCAUUGCAUUGAUCCAAACACGUCUUUUCUCAUUUGUGAGGGAUUAUUGUUUACCUGGUGGAUGUGUGGCAUUUACACUGGACUCGUCCGCCAAUCUUUGCAGAAGAAGUAUCAUCUAAAGAACUCCCCAUGUGAUCCUUGCAUGACACAUUGCUGCCUGCACUGGUGUGCUUUAUGCCAAGAACACAGGGAGAUGAAGGGACGUCUAGCCGAUAACUUUGCGGUGCCAAUGACAAUCGUUAACCCCCCACCGGUUCAAGAAAUGAAGUCAGAAAAUGAUGAGGAAGGCACAACUUCAUCUUCGAACAUGAGGAAUGGGCAGACCAAUCUGGAAAUGCAAGCUUUGUAGGAUCCCAUCAUAGAUACAACCACCACAAGCAUACAUUAGAUAGUUUCAAUAAGCUUUUCUGAGACUCGGACCAUCCCAAGAGUGUAAUGAACUCAACACAGUCUUGAAUCAUUUUCAUUUUUAAUUUCUUUAAUAUUUGAUUUGAUUUUUUUUUUUUUAUUUGGCAUGAAUUAUAUACAAUUUUAUGAUGGAGACUUGGAAUAUUAUGGGUGGUCAUUGCUCGUCACUAUCUCUCUUCAUUAUGCAAAUAUAAAAAUUUUGGUUGGUGAGUUUA